AAGAAAGGCAUAGCAUAGGGCGGUUGACUCAAGUAAACAGCGUUCCAACGCUGUUUCCUUUCUGUUUCUUUUUUCUUCUUCCUUCUUCCUUUCUUCGUUGUUGUUGUUGCUGCGAUUCUCUAGAUCUUGAACAGUGUUUUCGUGUUCGGUGAGAUGGAAGAAAGGAAGCAAUCGCGUUAUGUGAAGUUGACUAAAGAUCAGACACCUCUCGAAGAUAUUACCCCUGGCGAACUCAAUCAGCCAAUUCAGGUUCCUCAGUUGGAUGUUCGUAAGUGCCCUGAAUGUAGACAGCCGCUACCUGAAAGCUAUGCUCCUCCUGCUGAUGAACCUUGGAUGACUGGGAUCUUUGGAUGUGCUGAAGACAGAGAAAGCUGCUUGACCGGACUGUUUUGUCCUUGUGUAUUAUUCGGGCGCAAUGUAGAAAGAUUGAAGGAAGACACUCCUUGGACUGGACCAUGCAUUUGUCAUGCCAUUUGUAUUGAAGGUGGCAUUUCUCUGGCAAUAGCAACUGCAGCUGCAACUUCCAUCUUUCCUGCUAUUAACCUGGGGACUGUAUGUCUCAUUGUUGAGGGUUUAUUGUUUACAUGGUGGAUGUGUGGCAUUCACACUGGUCAAGUGCGCCAAUCCUUACAGAAGAAAUAUCACUUGAAGAAUUCACCGUGUAAUGCAUGUUGUGUGCACUGCUGCUUUCACUGGUGCGCCCUGUGUCAAGAACACAGGGAGAUGAAUGGUCGACUAUCAGAUAACAUUUUUUCAGAAAUGACCGUUGUAAACCCUCCUCCGGUUCAAGAGAUGAAAACCACUGAUGACAAGGAAACUCCUGAAACGUCUUCACCUAACAACGGUGAGCAUACUGAUUUGGAGAUACAGGCUGUAUAAGGAAGGCGGGAUACUAUUGUUAAUAUUCUGGGGUGGGGAGGGGGUAAUACUAUGCUUUUUUAAUAGAGAAUUUUUUUCUUUUUAUCUUUGACUAGAGUUCUUUCUCCCUGUUUCAUUGGACGUGUUAUAUGUAGGAGUGUCUCAUAUAACUUUCCUUGGCUAUAGAGAGCCUAACAAAUUAUACCGAAUCCUUAAUUUUUUAAUGUUUUCCGGCUUCAACCAUUAACCCUCUCUGCAA